GACUGAGAGACUGUGUCAGUCAGUCAGUCAGUCAGCCUGCAGUGCUGAGCUUUAGUACAAAAGCACAGGCACUUGGGAACAGAUGGACUUUAAGGCAGGCUGGCUUUCCUCUCGUUGUUUUCCUCUCAGUCACCCUGUGUACCGAAGGGCGCUGACACGUGGAGCAGUCCGCGGUGGGAGAGAACAAGUGAAGUCAGUUUGGGGACAAAGUCUUUCCCCGUGUCACUGUGAAGAGCUGUUAAUGUCAUUGAAUCCGACGCAACAGUGUAUAUGAAAGGUGCCCUGAUGGAGAUGCAUUAAUCCUCCGUUCAGUCUGACUGCUUCUGAAACCUCACAUUUCUGAUUGCUGAUUAAUUUUCCUGGUCUCCCUGAUCCUGAUGUCCCACGUUGAUGAUGUGACAGUUCUACACCUGGCCUGAAUGCUUUUGCCAUGUCUGAAUCUCCGGAGGGAGAUGCCCCCCUGCAGCAGGAGGCGGACUCCAGCAAAGCAGGGGGCCGAGUGCUCUCCCCUAUGUUUAAUUCCUCCUCUUCCCCCGUCCUGCCCAUGGAAGGCCACCCCAUCUGCAUCCCCUCGCCCUACACGGAUCUUGGCCAUGACUUCACCACCUUGCCUUUUUACAGUCCCAGUAUACUGGGCUACAAUAGCACACCCCUCUCUGACUGCCCCUCAGUGAGGCAAUCUCUCAGCCCUACCCUCCUCUGGCCUUCUCACAGCUACGUGUCCCCACUGACCCUUCACUGCUCGCAGACCCACACCCAGCAGAACCAGCUCAGCAGUGGAUCCUGGCAAGAUCUGACCCCCUACACAACUGAGGAGAACGGCAAACCAAUAGGGAAAAGGUCAUUGGAAUGUGGGGAGAGCUUUAGCUCCGUAGAGAGUAAAACAGACAUGCACUUCUGCGCUGUAUGCAGUGACUAUGCCUCUGGUUACCACUACGGCGUCUGGUCCUGCGAGGGAUGCAAAGCCUUCUUCAAAAGGAGUAUCCAAGGCCACAAUGACUACAUCUGCCCUGCAACCAACCAGUGCACCAUUGAUAAGAACAGACGCAAGAGCUGCCAGGCCUGCAGGCUUCGCAAGUGUUACGAAGUGGGAAUGAUGAAGUGUGGUAUGCGGCGAGACCGUAGCAGUUACAGUCGUGGAGGCCCACAGUCAAGGAGAGCGACACGUUUCCCUACAAGAGCAGUAACGGGUAGCCAGAGACAGGCAGAGCGGAGAGGCUUGCCACCCAUUAGGGUAAAAGAAGUUUUUACUGCGACACUGAGCCCAGAGGAGCUCAUAGGCCGGAUUAUGGAUGCAGAACCGCCAGACAUUUAUCUGAUGAAGGACAUGAAGAAACCCUUUACUGAGGCUAAUGUCAUGAUGGCACUCACAAAGCUGGCUGACAAAGAGCUCGUCCACAUGAUCAGCUGGGCCAAGAAGAUCCCUGGUUUCAUCGAGCUCAGUCUCUUUGACCAGGUCCACCUGUUAGAGUGCUGUUGGUUAGAGGUGUUGAUGUUGGGGCUGAUGUGGAGGUCUGUUAAUCAUCCUGGAAAGCUCAUCUUCUCCCCUGAUCUCAUUCUCAGCAGGGAUGAGGGCAGUUGUGUGCAAGGCUUCGUGGAGAUUUUUGACAUGCUGGUGGCGGCCACAUCCCGAUUCAGAGAGCUGAAUCUACAGCGAGAGGAGUAUGUCUGCCUCAAGGCCAUGAUCCUCCUCAACUCUAAUAUGUGUCUGAGUUCGGCCGAAGCAGGAGAGGAGCUGCAGAGCAGGACCAAACUGCUGCAGCUGCUGGACUCAGUGACUGAUGCGCUGGUGUGGGCCAUCUCUAAGACGGGCUUGAGCUUUCAGCAGCGCUCUGCACGCCUUGCACACCUGCUCAUGCUGCUCUCACACAUACGCCAUUUAAGUAACAAAGGUAUGGACCACCUGCAUUGCAUGAAGAUGAAGAAGGUGGUGCCUCUGUAUGACCUGCUGCUGGAAAUGCUUGAUGCUCACAUCAUGCACAGCUCACGCUUGCCCCACGCUGGUCCAAGAGAGCCCACUGUUCCCAAGGAGAGCCCCCAAGAACAGGAAGCUUACAACUUCUCCUCUCAUCAGUGGCCCCAGCCUGGUGUAGAGGGCCCUGUGGAACUCAGCCAAACUGUGCACAAAAGUGACCUUAGCAUUGUGAAGAUGGACUGAAGCAACACAGGAAGUAGAUGUUUUUGUCAAGAGCACUCAUUUUCUGUGGAACGAAAGAGGUCUUCAUACAAAGCAUGAAGGCUCAAAGAACCGAUCACCUGUACAAAGCCUUUUAUGAAAAUGAGGAUGGCAGAGUUACGCAUUCCUGGAAGUCAUCAGUGGUCAUAUUCAGUGGUUUCACACGCUCACAGAACAACCUGCAUACUUUGAAGCCAAACGUAAUGCAUAUAUUGUGUGUCUUCUAAGCCGUUCUUUUAUAUAGUACACUAGGCUGAAAUUUCUCUGGCUAUUCUUAUAGGACAAUCCUAACUUUCCACUGUGAUUAUGUUUGAAUCACAGGUCUAUAAAAGUGACAUGAGUCACUCUUGCACUGUAAAAUUUAGUUAUGACCCCGAAACAGGUGUUCUGACCAGUUGUUGUAAUCACCAUCUUGUGCCUGUACUAUAGCUUUAAAGCUUUUGUAAUUUUGGACUAGUAUUUAGCCUUAAGCCUUAUUCUUAGGCUUUACGAUUGAGACGCCCCAUUUACAGGGUAAAUCCAAGACUACUGUUGGCUUAAUCUGCCAAAUAUGCACUAAAUACAUCAUGAAAUAUCACAUAAGAGCUGUCAGUGAUGUAAACAAAAUCUUACGCUUAAGUGCACAGAAUGUAAUAUUGAGAAAUGUUGACACAGUUAUGUAAAUAAAUCUAAACCUAAUUUGCCAUAGACAGUUUUGUACUUCAGCAAUUAAGGUGUCAAAACCUUAUCAGCCAAAGACAAACAGCAAGCCAUCAUGUUUAGUGCGUGACACAAUAGCCAAAUUUACUACUAUAUGAUGACAUGCAAGUAGUUUGAUGAGAUGCUCAUCACUGUCAUGGUUUACAAAAUAUUUAGGCAGCUUCUAAAUGUAAAGCAGUAGCAUUAUGCUCUUCUCACAGUUUUCUGGUUUAGGGUUUUUUCCUAACUGUGGCCUGCAGACUGAUGAGUGAUGUAGUAUUCUGUUCUUGGCUGUUAUCCACCAAAAUCACUAGUGGCUAAUGUCUUGUGCAAGCAAAGCCAAGCUUUUGUUUUUAUUUUUAAUAUUACUCUUCAACACUAUUCAAACCUGGGAACCUGUAGGGAGAAAAAGAUGCAGAAUUUUUGUAAAGAGUCACCUGUGGAAAGCUGCACUUUUUUACAUUCCAAAAAAAGAUGAAAAAAUGUUUUUCAUGUAUCGAAUUUCUGUUGAAAUGCAUGUAACUUGUUUCACCAUCAACGGCUAGACGCAGGAGAAAGCACAGAUCAUACGACAGCUAUGGAUUUGAAGCUUUAAUGCUUAGUUGUAUCAGUGGUAACCCAUGACUGCAUGAAGUUCAUUCUAACGUGCUAAGUCUGACAUUGGUUUGUCUUUUGGUGAAUGUUGUAGCUGAGCAUGGAUUCUUAUUUAACUGGAGACAAGCUUGUGUAAACUGUGUUACAGGGUUAUCAAAUACCAAAUGUUCAUCCUUACAAGGUUCUCAUCAUUCAAUAAAAUGUCGUGUCAUCUUCAAAAA